AUGGAUACCCAACGUCCAAGUAUUGUUUCUCGCUUUAUAAUAUUUUACCAAUUUAUUUCUAGUACAUUAUUACUCAUUGGUGGCAAACUCGAUGGCUACUCACCGAGUCCCGGAGACGUGUAUCACGGCAGAUACACGCGAGAUAUCCUCAGUGGGACGGCAGAACUGCUGAUACCGCGCAGGGUCCACGAGGACGGUAGCUUCCGUACUUACGAGUUGCCGAAAUUUUACGAGCACCCUGGGAACGAUGAGCGGUCCAGGAGAUCGACGGGCACUGGCGCAGUGUACCUCGUGCUGCCAUUCGCUGGCGAGGACCACCACGUCGAGCUUGAGCCCUACCCCGACUUCAUAUCACCAUGGCUGGUAAUCGAGACCCGCUCUGUCAAUAAAGUAUCCUCCCUGGACGGCGUCGACUUGAGACACGCGAGCCCGCAACAGUGCCACUACCGCGGCCGCGUGCUCCAACACGCCAACUCUCGGAUCGCCCUGUCUCUCUGCGACGGCGUGACAGGGUAUCUGCACAUGAAUCAGGGCAGAUACUUCAUCGAACCAUUGCACGGAGACGAACCGGACGCUAGUGGCCAGCACGUACAUGUCAUUUACAAAAAAGAAGCACCUCAUGAGACUUUCGCCCAUUCGAGUGAUGCCUUUUGUGGAACUAGUGAUGACUGGGAGGGCGCGUGGACCUCGCGACUACAAAGGACCGGUACCAGCGCAGAGGCGAUCGAAGGGGAGAGAGCGGUUAGGGGCCGGCAGUCAGCGUCGUCGGGCACGCACAGCAUCCAUCGUUACAUCGAGGUCGCGCUCGUGGCCGACCGACGCUUCCUCGACUUCCACAACGGCACGAACUACGAGCUGUACCUACUGACUAUUAUGAACAUGGUCUCGGACUUUUAUCACGACGCCAGCGUCGGCAAUCAGAUCGAUGUAGUCGUCGUGAGGAUGAUUUAUCUAGAAAGGCAGAGGAACGAGAUUGACUUGCACAUCAGUACGGAUGGAGAAAAGACGCUGGAGAGCUUUGCCAAGUGGGUCGAGAAGCUCAACCCCUUGGAUCCGGAGCAUCCAAAUCACUUUGACGUGGGUGUUCUGGUCACGAGAUACGACAUAUGCGCUGAGGGAAACAACUGCAACCUCUUGGGUCUGGCUUACGUAGCCGCGGCGUGCGAGCGCAAAAAGGCUGCCUGUAUCACCGAAGACUCCGGACUCUUGCUCAGCGUCGUGAUGGCUCACGAGAUUGGCCACAUUCUAGGCUGCGCUCACGACACCAAAGACAUCAGCGGAUGCAACUCACAGGAUAAGGACGGCAGCUAUUUCGUGAUGUCACCUAUUGUUUUUAUUUUCACAAUCAGAUGGUCUAGUUGCAGUCGAAAGUUUAUCACUUCUUUUUUGGAGAGCGGUCUUGGAGACUGUUUGAACAAUAAUCCGAAAAAUCCUCCAGCCAGGUAUAGGUAUCCUAAUAUGCUGCCUGGAGCCAUGUACGACGCAAACCUUCAGUGCGAUCUGGACUAUCCAGGCUCAAAAGUCUGCAGUUUCAAAAGUGGUGAGUGUGGGAACCUUUGGUGCGACGUAGGAAGAGGUCGAUGCAAAUCUAAGGGCGCCCCUCCAGCUGACGGUACCAAAUGUGGUGAGAAUCAGUGGUGCAUUCAUAAAAAAUGUGUGGAAGUGGGCUCCCGAGGGGACGCAGCGCACGGCAGCUGGGGAAACUGGGGUGGAAUGAGCAAGUGCUCGCGCACCUGCGGCGGAGGGGUCAGGUACUCCGAGCGCGAGUGCAACAAUCCAGCGCCGGAAAACGGCGGACGCUACUGCAUCGGCGAGCGCAAAAAGUUUUCCAUCUGCAAUGUCAAUCCGUGCGACGCGUCCAGGCCGUCCUUCCGAGCGGCUCAGUGCGCCGAGUUUAACAAGAAGAACGUACUGCCUGGCGGCCCUCACCAGUGGGAGCCAUUCUUGCGCGAUGAUCUUGAGGCUUGCUCGCUUUACUGUAUCAACCAGGCGCGCACUUUUGUCAAACUUAGCCCGACGGCCAAGGACGGCACGCCUUGCAAGCCGGGGACCUAUCACGUGUGCAUAAGCGGCGUUUGUCGGAUGGUCGGUUGCGAUUGGGUUAUCGAUUCGGAUGCUGUUGAAGAUGUCUGCGGUGUGUGCAACGGCGGUGGCACGCAAUGUGCCAAAGUUGAAGGAGAUUACAAGGACGUCGGAAAACCUGGGUACGCCACGAUUGUUAAAAUACCAAAAGGUAGUAAAAACAUUGAAAUAGUUGAAAAUGACGAGGACGAAAAUACAUUGGCAGUUAAGUUGGAGAAAGAAAAGAAAUACUGCUUGAACGGAAAUCUUAAAGAGCAGAAAAGUGGGGAUUAUCCAUGUGCAGGUGCAGUUAUAACGUACAAACACAUCAAAGCAAAUUUGGAGGAAGUGUACAUAAAGGGACCACUGAAAAAGGCCAUAGAAUUGCAAGUAACUAAAUACAUAUUCUAUAAGUCAAGCAAUCCUGGAGUCCAUUAUAAAUAUUAUGUGGACACCCCAGCUACGUCCUACGUGCCCACGUAUUCGUGGGAGUUCGUAGAAUGGACCGACUGUGAUGCCAAAUGCGGUGGUGGAGUAAAGAUCUCCGAAGCAAGCUGUACGGAAGCUCGAGCGGGCAAAGUGGCUCCCCGUUUCUGCAAAACCAUUGUCAAACCACCCCCAAAGAGCCAGACGUGCAACAAAGCCCCAUGCCGUGCCAAGUGGCGCGUGAGCCAGUGGAGCCGAUGCAGCGGCUGCGGCGGCAAACCAGGCGAGAUGCGCCGGAAGAUCCAGUGCGUGCGUCCAGGAGCCCACACGGGUAAUGACUACGUGCAGGCGAACUUCGACGCAUGCAAGGGCGAGCCGCCGGUCCAGACGCGCGAGUGCAUCGGUGCCGAGCCCUGCCGCAAGCCCUGCUCACCAAGCAACGUGAUCGGGCAAGUGAGCUUAUCGCCGUGGCUCCAGCACCGGAUGAUCGAUGAUCUCGUGGACUACGGGCUGGUGCGGUACCUCGAAAAGUCGAGGGCUGCCAGCGAGGACGGUAAACAGGAGGAAGGCAACGAGUUCGAGGUGCAGAUGCUGAAACAGUGGGCCAAAGAGGAAGAGGCUGCCAAAAAGGAGGCUAAGCGCGCUUGUAACGCUACCAGAUUUACCACGCCGGUGCCAGGCAGCAUAGUGGUCGACUCGAUUCCUCAGUCAGAAAUAGUCGUCUACGAGGCACCUCUGGUCCAAGAUGGGACUCACUCCAACAUGUCCGACUCGAAUUUCCAGAAACAGGGCGACAGAGCACUUGGCGGAUCGUUGGACAAAAGACACAAGAAGAUACACCGAGGCAAGGAAGCGAUCGAGAGGUUGAGCGUAGUAGAUCGGCAUGGAGGUGUGAACGAGAGUGUGCCCAGGACAGGGUUGGCAGGUUGCGCUCGGAGAGGUAGACGACGCCGGAGACAAGCUGAGACGAGGAGGAAUGCUCAGAGGAAGAUGUGA